CUAUCCAAGUUUCACAUGGAUAACUACAGCAGCAGUGACGAGGACACAGACGCUGACGUUGACACCCAACUCAUCAUCCAACAGAGUUUGCUGGAUACUUACAAGCCAGGAAUAACUCCACACACUCCAGAAGAUGAGAGAUCCCAUUCCAUUUUGAGUGAUGAUUAUAAGAAGAUAAUUGAAGCAAUAGAGACAGGUAAGGAAGACGCGCUGGCACAGUUAGCCGAGUGCCACCCUGCCUUUGCUGAAGCCAGUGGGAGUGGCUGGCUUCCUCUGCACAAGGCAGCAGUACAGCUGAAUAAGAACAUCUUGGAAAUGACCCUGAAUGCUUCCAAACCCAGCAUGUGGGAACAAACCACCCACAAUGGUGAAACACCCCUUUUUUUGGCUGUCAGCAGUAGCCUCCUAGAAAAUGCCUGUUUUCUCCUUCUCAAUGGCUGCGAUCCAAAUGCUAAGAAUUUUGAAGGCAAUUCUCCUCUUCUUACAGCUGUUCUGAAAGACUCCUACGACAUGGUCACCUUGCUGAUCAGCCAUGGAGCAGACGUCAAUCUGAGGUGUGCCAAUGAGAGGACAGCUCUCCAUGAAGCUGCCAAGCUAGGCAGAAGGAACAUGGUAAAGUUAAUGCUGGCCUCUGGAGCACAUCCAGAUGCACGGAGCUCCUAUGGAUUUACUCCUCUUGCCCUGGCUGCUCAAAGCGGACACACUGAAAUCAUGGAACUUCUACUGCAGAAAGGAGCUGAUGUUCAUAGUCAGGCCUCUGAUUCUUCCUCCAUUUUACUUGAAGCGGUUAGAGGAGGGAAUCCAGAUUCUGUGACUCUCUUGCUAGAGUAUGGAGCUGAUGCCAACAUUCCUAAAAGUUCAGGCCACCUGCCCAUUCAUGUGGCAGCUGACAAAGGCCACUUCCUAGCUCUGAAGAUACUGAUCCCAGUCACAGACAUUGCUGCCAUCAAGAGGAGUGGGAUCAGUCCAGUUCACUGCGCAGCGGCAGGGGCGCGCCCCGAGUGCCUGGAACUUCUCAUUCAGGCUGGAUUUGAUGUGAAUUUCAUGCUAGAUCAGAGAAUCCGUAAACAUUAUGAUGACCAAAGGAAGUCGGCUUUGUACUUUGCUGUUUCAAAUGGUGACCUCUCUUCAGUUAAGCUGCUUCUGGGCGCUGGAGCUCUACCCAAUCAAGACCCUGUCAACUGCCUACAGAUAGCUCUCAGGAUGGGCAACUAUGAGCUCAUAAGCCUACUACUGAGGCACGGGGCCAAUGUCAAUUACUACUGCAGAGUUAAUCCUCUGCAUUUCCCAUCAGCACUACAAUACACAUUGAAAGAUGAAGUCAUGCUCAGGAUGCUGUUGAAUUAUGGGUAUGACACCGAGCGAUGUUUUGAUUGUCCUCACGGGGAAAGGGCUCAUCAUCUUUGUACUUUUGAAGGCUGGACAUCUACAGUUAUUAAAGAUACUAUGUUCUGUGAAGUCAUAACUUUGUCAUGGCUACAGCAUCUCUCUGGGAAAGUUGUUCGAGUGAUGCUUGACUAUGUCGAUCAAGUGCAAAUCUGUUCCAAACUGAAAGCUGUGCUUGAGAAACAGAAGCUCUGGUCAGAAAUACAUUUUAUCUUGACAAACCCCCGUUCUCUCAAACAUUUGUGCCGCCUUAAGAUCCGGAAGUGUAUGGGACGGUUACGUUUGCGCUGCCCUGUCUUCAUGUCAUUUCUUCCACUGCCCAACUGCCUAAAAACUUAUAUCCUUUACAAAGAAUAUGACCUUUACAGACAAGAACAUGUUACAGGAAGCUGGUAA